CUUCGAUUAAUCACCAUCACAUCUGCGAAUUAAAUUAUCAAAAUGUUAUAACCAGUUUUCUGGGUACUUUCGUGGAUGAAUUCUACAUACCUACUGAUACUUUGUGUAGAAUCGUACACUACAAGUGAAAAAAAAGUUAAUCCCACGUGAAAUGCGUCAUAUCUAAGUUUUACUUUGUACCUAUUGAUAAUUUUUAGUUCUAAAAUCAUCGCUCAACAGUUCACAGUGAUUUUUUAAUCGUUUUUCGUUUCUGUAUAACUUGUCAAAUUUCAUAAAACGUUCCGUUAUUUUGUGUUGCCCAGAUGGAUACUCCUCAUCGUGCCAUAAUACUGGAGGAAUAUCCCCAACAAGAACCUGAACUACCAACUCGGUCGUCAAGUGAGCUUCAAGAGAUUUUAUAUUCAUAUCUGCGUGACGAUAAGCCUGCCUUGUUUACAAAUCGAAUCGCCGAACUGAGCGCGGAAUUCCUGGACGAAAGCCUUCCUAAUUACCGCCAGACAUACUUAUACGUAGCUUGCAAAAAAGGUUACAUUGAGGUAGUAGAUGCGCUGCUAGAAAAAGAUGUUCAAUUAAAUACGUUAUCCAAUGAUUCCGAUCUGAGUUCUUUUCGCAAAAUUACACCGCUAGCGGUAGCUGCGUACAUAGGUCAUCACGAAAUUGUUAAAAAAUUAAUUACGCACAACGCUCAACUGCAAAUUACGAGUAAUAUUGAAGAAGCAGGAUCGGCUUUGACUUUCGUAAUACGUGGCAUGAAUCAACAAGGUAUCUCAAAAGAUACCCAUCGCGUGAUUCUAAGGUUACUUUUGACUUAUGAUUCCAAAACACAGCCUGCAUUAGAUAUUAACCAUAGAGAUGAAGAAGACAUGACCCCUCUUCAUUUAGCAAUCGCUUUGAAUGAUGAAUUUGCUACCAAGUCUCUUCUUUCCGCCGGUGCCAACCUGUAUUUAAGAGAUCCCUACGGUAGGCUUCCGUUGACUUCACUUCCAGCAACAAUAUUGGAAAAUUAUUUUGACGAGUGCAUUACCUUGGAAAAAAGACGAUCGCAUCUCGAGGUCCAUCAGGCAGUGACGUUUGACUACAGCAUAUUCGAACCAGUUGAUCAAAAGCUUUCUAUAAGUAAUAAAAUUAAAUUUAUUUUCCGUGACGCAAAGAAAUUUAUUUACCGUAUCGAGACGGAUUUUUUUUACCAAAUCAAACAAAAAUCAGAAUUGAGACCACUACUCAAGCAUCCGCUUUUAGAGAGCUUUCUGUAUGUGAAAUGGUGUCUCAUUAAGAAAUAUUACUUCUUCAGUUUUGCAUUUUAUUUAUCAUUUUGCGUGAUCUUGAACAUGUUUAUUUUCCUAACUCAUGAUUGUCGAUCGUCAUCGACCAGCUACAACAGCUCUCAGUCAACCGAUACUGAUAUCAGCCAUCCUUUCUGUAAUGCAUGGGUGUUGUUCGUAUUGGAAAUAAUAACAUACCAUUUUAUCACCAUGUAUACUUUACUAAUAAUCAGCCUAACGUUUCCUUUAUCUUGGACAUACUUCAGAUCAUUUGAAAACCUUCUGAGAAUGAUGAUGGUGAUUGCAUUUUAUUGGGCGAUAUGGACUAAACACGCUUUUCCAGCAGCCAUUGUGAAUUUAUUGUCGGGCAUACAGCUUGUAUUUCUACUUGGUAAACAUCCGAGGUUUGCGAUUUACGUAGAAGUAUUUAAAAUAGUGACAUUGAAUUUUGUCAAAAUAUUCGCAUUGUUUUCGAUUCUGGUAGCAUCGUUUGCGAGAAGUUUUUACCUUUUAUUCCGAAAUGAGUCAAAAGAGUAUACAUCGUCAAAAAAUGGAACUGAUGUUGAUCCAUCCAACCGCACGAUUCAAACCUCAAUUAAUUCGUGGUCAGGCCUGAAAGUAUCGCUUAUCAAAUCCAUUAUCAUGAUGACCGGAGAAUUCGAAGCUUCUAGUUUACCCCUAGGUGAAAAUUCCGAUUACAGUGUUCUGUGUUUUUUCUGUCUCUUCAUUUUUUUCGUUACCAUGGUACUGUAUAAUUUACUCAAUGGUUUGGCCGUUAAUGAUACGCAAGCCAUCAUAAAAGACUCAGAAACGAUUGCUGUGAUGUCUCGAGUAGAAAAGAUAUGGCAAUUCGAAUAUCUAUGCCACGGCAAGGGAUCGCUGUUUUUACGUAAGCAUUUCCCAGCAAUUUUCGAUCACAGAUUUUUCAAUGAUGUUCUGACACAACAACAGAAGAAGCUUACAGUAGACUCCAUCUUGAAAUAUAGAAUAAAAUUUGCUGCAUCUGGGAAAAUAAUCGGAAAAAUGCCCCUCGCUAUCAUCAAACACGCCGAACAAAUCGUAGAAAAACGAAAUCACAAUAAUUCUGUCAAAGAUACGAACCAGUCGAUUAGCAGAUCCAUUGAUGAAGCAGUUGAUAAAAUAAGCGAACAAAUACGUAAUUUAAACCUUGAAAUCGAUGGAAAAAUUGCUGAAAUGAACGUAAGAAACGAUGAAAUGAACGCACAAAUUAAUGAUCGCGUCGAAAAACUGUUGCGAAGCGUUGAAACAAAUAAUAGAAAACUUGAGAUCGUUGAAAAAAAUACUGAAAUGAACGCAAAAAUUGUUGAUCGCGUCGAAAAAUUGGUGCAAAGCGUUGAAAGAAAUAUAAAACUUAUCGAUGAAAAAAUCGCCAUCGUGAUGAAAAAUUGUUAAAAAGUGUUGAACGUAAUGAGAAAUUACUCGAAUCGGUUGAGCCAGCGGUAGCACAUCUAAAGCAAAAGGAAUAUGUAGAAGUCGGAGAUGGGAUAAAUAAUUGAAAAUAAUGCUAUCGAAUAAGAUGAGUAUUUAUCGAUUCGUGUUCAAUUUGGUUGGAUUUCAUAACACUUUCACAAGUUUAUUAGUUUCCAGGCAACAAUCUCAAAAAAUGGAUUGUUUUUACAUGUAAAUAUUGUUAGUAGAAUUUUUUUCUUUUAUUUUUAAUAAUAACAACUUUUGUUUUAUAAAAUUUAAUUUUCUGUACUAUGUAUAGUUGUAUACUGACCUAAUUCUUUGAAUUAUAUUUUUAUUUUAUGGUACG